AUGAUCCCACGGUGGCUGCUGCUCACACUCAGCCUGCUGCUGGCCUGGGCCAGCCUCGCCGCAGCAGGCAACGAGCCCAAUGUUAUUACUCAUAAACUCGAAGGCCCACCGACCGAUCUGUUCUACUUCCAUGGCACCAACACCGUUCUUUAUCGCGACGAGCGUUUCACGGCUCAUGUUUCCUUCGACGGCGGCGAGAAAUGGGAGGUCAUCAAGGGCAAGGAGGGAACGAUGGAGGGUUCGGCACUGUUGAUCUGGAAGCAUCCUUUUGACAAGGACCGCGCAUAUAUUCUCGGCAAGGACGGGAAGCAUUGGAUCACCAGUGACCAGGCCAAGUCUUGGAAACCAUUCAAGGUCGACCUUGAGCUUUCCUUGGCUACCGCUCCUCUGGAAUUCCACGGCUGGGAUCCCAAGAAGGUCAUUUUCAUGGGAGCCGAUUGCUCUUUGCCCUUCUGCCCCCCGCGGGCCUUCUACACAACAAACGAUUUCCAGGAUGUUCACCCCCUCCGUGAGCUGACUCUCCAGUGCAUGUGGGCUGCCAGUCGCCCGCAGUUCGGACAGGACAUCGACGUUCCGAAGUCGGUCGGAGAUCGGGUCAUGUGCGUGGUCCCCGGGCUGAGAGGACCAUUCGACCAUACCAUCACGGAACGCCUGAUCUACUCGGACAACUACUUCAAGGAUGAUGAGGAUGGCGUUGAUGCGAAACUCGACCACGGACGACCAUUGAGUGGUGUCAGUGCGCAGGUUCGCUCUGUGACCAAGUAUCUGGUGGCGCGCAUUCAAUCCCGCGGAACCCAAGAGCAGGCACUGUAUGUCAGCGACGACGCAACAGUCUGGCACCGCGCCGAGUUCGGCACCCAUCGUAUUGAGGAGGACGCAUAUACUAUUUUGGAAAGCACAAACUACAGUAUCCAGAUUGAUGUCCAGACAACCAUGCACAAAAACCGAAUGGGAAGUUUGUUCUCCUCCAACUCCAACGGCACCUACUUCACGAAAAACAUCGACCACACGAACCAGGAUGUGCGGGGAACUGUGGACUAUGAGCGAGUCACUGAUAUUCCGGGCAUCACCAUUGUCAACACAGUCAAGAAUUGGGAAGAGGCCAAGAAGUCUGACUCGACUGAGAAGAAGCUCGUCAGCAGUAUCAGCUUUGACGAUGGGAGGACCUUCCAGUCUCUCAAGGUUGAUAAGGAUGAGCUGCACAUCCACUCAAUGACAAGCUAUUAUGCGAUGCGCAAACUGCCAAUGCCCGGUCACCGGAUGUUCUCCAGCCCUGCUCCUGGAUUGGUCAUGGGUGUUGGAAACACUGGUGAUCAUCUUAAAGAGUACGCGGAUGGCGAUCUGUAUGCCUCUGACGACGCUGGUCUGACCUGGCGACGCGCGCUGAAAGGCCCGCACCGGUACGAGUUUGGUGACCAGGGUGGCGUCAUUCUCGCCGCCAGCGAUGGCAAGACGAAGAAAGUGCAGUAUUCGAUCGACCACGGCAAGGAAUGGGAAUCAAUCUCCCUGGACCAAGAGAUCGUACCUCUCUAUCUCAUUUCGACACCUGACUCAACCAGUCUCAAGUUCUUGCUCGUUGGUAUUUCAACCGACAAGAACUUCGUCAUGUUCUUCAUUGACUUUGAUGGCCUGCAUGAGCGCGAGUGUGGCUCUGAUGACUUGGAAGAGUGGACCGCCCGACUGAACGAGAAGGGCGAGCCGGACUGCCUGAUGGGCCAGAAACAAUUCUUCCACCGUCGCAAGCCGAACGCGGAUUGCUUCAUCAAGAAGGAAUUCGCUAUUGCUGGUCCUGAGUUUAAGCCUUGCAAGUGCUCAGCCGAGGACUUCGAAUGCGACUACAACUUUGUUCGCAGUGACGACCGCAAGGAGUGUGUCCCCGCUGUGCCGUUGACUGCGCCUGCCGGAGAAUGCAAGGAGCCUACCGAUAAGUACAUGGGCCCCUCUGGAUGGCGCCUAAUCCCUGGAAAUGCCUGUAUCCGUGACGGGGGCGAGAAUCUCGAAAAAAAGAUUGAACGCUCUUGCUCAAAUUCCACAGGCGCGGCACCAAUCGCAGAUGGCAAACCUCGCUCGGGCAAGCCGCACAGCAUCUCGGCCAAGCAGCCCGUGCACUUCUACCUAGAGCGCCAGGCUAGUAAUACAGGAACUGAUGAGACCAUUGUCAUGCUCGCGGACAAGGAGCUCUAUGUCUCCCGUGACCAUGGUCACAAAUGGAAGCGCGCUUUUGAUGACAAGGUUGUUCAAAUGGCUCAGCACCCUUACUUCAGUGAUGCGGCUUUCUUCAUCACUGAUAGCAAGAAGGUCUGGUACACCAUCAACCAUGGAGACUCCUUCCAUUCAUUUACCGCUCCCAGCGCACCCAACAAGGAAGAUCUCCGAACGCUGGCUUUCCACGAAACGAAGCGGGACUCUCUGAUCUGGAUCGGUAACAAGGACUGCGAUGGGCAGAGCUGUCGGUCGGAGGCAUACGUCACCGACAAGCGUGGCGCCAGCUGGGACCCCAUGCUUAUUGGAGUUGGCGAUUGCAGCUUUGGGGCGCACGAGGGCCGCAACAACAGCGAUAACUUGGUGAUCUGCGAGCAGUAUAAGGACGAGGAGAAGAAGAACAACCGACAGCUGGUUUUUAGUGAUGACAAAUUCUCUACCAAGGAGACACCAUUUGACAAUAUUGCUCACUACGGCGCGAAGAACGACUUCAUUGUUGUCGCCUGGUUCGGCGAUGCAGACAAGAAGUACAUGAACGCCAGUGUCAGUGUUGAUGGACGCAAUUAUGCGGAUGCUCACUUCCCCUUCAACAUUAACGUCCCCUCGUACACCAUUCUGCAGAGCUCGCCGCAUGCCCUUUUCCUCCUUGUGGAGACUAACAUGGGCGAGGGACGCAAUUUCGGCUCUGUGGUGAAGUCAAACAGCAACGGUACCUACUUCGUGCAGAGUCUCGAGGCUGUCAACCAGAAUGACCGAGGCAUGGCCGACUUCGACAAAAUGGAAGGCCUGGAAGGCGUGCUCGUCGCAAACGUUGUUAUCAACUCCAAGGAUGUUCAGACCAAGGGCAGCACCAAGAAGCUUCGCACUGUGAUCACCCACAAUGAUGGAGGAGAGUGGGCUUUCGUGGCACCUCCAGCUAAAGACGUCGAUGGCAAGAAAUUUGACUGUUCCGUCACCGAAGGAAAGGGCACUGAUAAUUGCGCCCUCCACUUCCACGGUUUCUCUGAACGUCGUAACUACCGCCACACCUUGUACUCUGGCUCGGCGGUCGGUCUCAUGCUCGCCCUGGGCAACGUUGGUCCCAAUCUUGGUCCUGCUGCUGAGGCAGAUACCUUCCUCACCAAUGACGGUGGUAUCUCCUGGACACAGGUAAAGAAGGGUCAGUAUAUGUGGGAAUACGGUGCUGCGGGCUCGGUCAUUGUUCUUGUCGCCGAAGGUAAAGCCACGAAGGUUGUCCACUACACCCUUGAUGAGGGCGCCACCUGGCACGAGUUCCAAUUCGCAGAGAAGGAGCUUGUCAUUAACGAUAUUUCCACUCUUCCGUCUGAUACUUCCAAGAACUUCCUUCUCUGGGGUGUCGACGGCGGUAAGACCGUGACGAUUCCUCUGGAUUUUAGCGCCAUCUGGGGUCGGGAUUGCAAAGACGACGAAAACGACUACUUCAUGUGGACGCCCAGUCACCCCUUCCAAGAAGAAAACUGUCUCUUCGGCCAUGUGCAAGAGUAUCAUCGCAAGAACCCCAAGGCCGAAUGCUGGAAUGCCUGGCGCGAGCCUCACAUCCACAGCAUCGGCCGCAACUGCACCUGCACGCGCGCCGAUUUCGAAUGUGACUACAACUACGAAAUGCAAAGUGACGGCAGCUGCGGUCUGGUCCCCGGCCUGCCCAAGCCCAACCACAUCACUCAAUGCACCGCCGACCCCGAGCGGGUCGAAUACUGGGAACCCACGGGCUAUCGCCGAAUCCCGCAAACCACCUGCCAAGGUGGACUUCUGCUCGACCAGGACGUGUCGCAUCCCUGUCCGAACAAGGAAGAAGAGUACAACAAGAAACACGGCAUCAGUGGCGUGGGACUCUUCUUCGCGAUCGUGAUUCCCAUCCUCGCCGCCGCCGCCGUGGGCUGGUACGUGUACACGCACUGGGAUGGCAAAUUCGGCCAAAUCCGCCUGGGCGAGAACGGUACCACCUCCCGUGAUGCAUUCGCCAUCCCCGUCGCAAUCAUCGCGGGCGUAGUAGCCGUGGCUCAGUCUGUGCCUCUGUUGGUCAGUAGUCUAUUCCGGAGUGCGGGUGGGUUAUUCAAGCGCGGCCAACGGCCCUACGCGACGCGGGGAUCUUUCGCCGCUCGUCGUGGUGAUUACACUCACGUCGUUGACGACGAGGAUGAACUGCUAGGCCCUGAUGACUUCGAUGAUGAAGAAGAGGCGUGA